CCCCCCCUAUUCCGACAGUGUUAGGCAUUAACGAGGCACGGUUCUUGAUUGUCGAACAUCGAGGCCAAGCACUGUUGAUGGUGCAGAUAUGACUGACUUUGACACUUUGAUCUUUCCAACGUUCAAGUUGAAGAAACGAAAUGAGACAUUUAGCCCUGACAUAGAGGAUGUGUCUUCUGGAGAUGAUUGUUUACACUGCUCAAACUGUCUAACUGGCUUCAAGCAUCAUCCAUGGAGACGAAACUGUUCCUCCUGUAACUGUGAAACCUACCAUCAUGCUGCGAUGUACAACCCAUACAAUAAUCCAGUGGACAGAAUGUGUGUAGAAGAAGACGCAUUAUCAGCAAUUGAUGAAGCAAGAGAUAAAGGAUAUGCUUGGGUUCCGCAUGGGUUGUCUGAUUUGGAGGUUGAACAGUACAUGAUGUUUCUACCAAGCUCGAAAGUUCCCAGGCUUGGUUCCGAUGGUCUUACGUAUCGUGCUCAACAACUUGCUUUUCAACUUCCUUUGCAUGAUUACUCUGACAAUUACACAAAAUUUCUACCGGCGGAUCAGAAAGGUUACUUUGAGGAUGCAGUCACAUCAACCAUUAACGAAUCAUUAGGUCGAGGAGUUGUAAAUCCAAGUAUUAGCCGUGACCGUGAUUGUUGUGAAUGUAGGAAUGAGAUUGGAAACGGAUCAAUGGCCGUCUUUGCUGAAAGUGCUGGAUCAUCUGCUGCCUGGCAUCCACAAUGUUUCUGCUGUCAUAAAUGCAAGGAAGUUCUUGUUGACCUGAUUUACUUUUUCAGUGGUGGCAACGUGUACUGUGGACGUCACUAUGCAGAACUGGAUGGUCAUCGUUGUAGUGGCUGCGAUGAAUUGAUUUUUGUCUCGGAGUACUCACACGCGAUGGACAAGGAUUGGCACGAAGAUCACUUCACGUGUGUGAAUUGCGAAAAGCCUUUGAAACGUGAAAAGUUUGUUUCGGUCGAUGGCAGACCAUGCUGUACCCAAUGUUAUAACAAAGCUGUUGCCAAUGUCUGUGAUGAAUGUGGCCAAGCUAUCGGUCCUGGGUCUAAAGAUAUUAUAGUUCGUGAUCGUCAUUGGCACGAAAGUUGUUUUGUUUGUUCUUCUUGUAGCAAACAAUUGUUGAAUGAGGGAUUCACUUUCCAAGGAGACGACUUGAUUUGCCAUAAGUGUAGAGGAAUUGAUCCUGCAAAAAAUUGUGCUCAGUGUAAGCAAGAGCUGCUUCCAGGUGAAAAGAAAGUUGGCUAUCAAAAUGCGACUUAUCACGAGUCUUGUUUCACGUGUUGCCGAUGCGAUGAACCGAUCGGUGCAGAGCAGUUUAUCAACAAGGAAGACAAGCGUUACUGCCAGCCAUGCUUUAACAAAUUCGUUGCUAAGGUUUGCUUCCAAUGCAACGAAGUGAUCAAGACGACAUCUGUAACCUACGAAGGUAAUUCAUUUCACAGCGAGUGCUUUGUGUGUGCCGAGUGCGGUAAGCCAUUGGCAGGAAAAGCUUUUUGCCGCAUGGAGGAUCAACGAGUAUGCCACGAUUGCUAUUUAUCAAAUCAUGCCAAGACGUGCGCUGGUUGUUUAAAAGCAAUUGAAGGUCAGGAAAGAUAUAUUGUGUAUGAUAAUGAUCACUAUCAUCGACAGUGUUUCACGUGCGAUAGUUGCAAGAAGCCAAUGGCAGGAGAAAAGUUUCGUCUUCGCAAUGAAAAUGAGCGGAUCUGUAUGGAAUGUGCAUGAACAGAAAUGGUCAUCUUAUUGGAAGAAAAACAUUAAAAAAACCCGAUUUUAUUGAUUUCUUUGUGAAAUGUGUAUCCCAAGAUGGAACUUGCCCCUUGAGGAAAUUAAUUUGUAGUGUGGAUGCACCAUUGUUAAAUAUUCAUUAAAAGAUUUUGCUGUGUAAAAGUCACCAUGCUAGGCAAUGAACAGCUUUUCACCAAUUUAGGCUAAUAAGCGUUAUAGUUUAAAAGAAUAUAUAAUCGACUGUUUUACAAGACAAAUUCAUAGAAGCAUAUUUUAGUUCCAGGACUCAAUUUGUCAGCUAAAUAAGUUGAUGUCUAGUAAUUAGGAAUUUUAUCAAUAUUUUUGUUUAAUUUGCUUUUAUCUAUUUUUUUCUCA